GGUAGGUGGCUGUCCCCUGGGCGGGGCGGAGGACAGUGUCGGCGCUGGCGGCCCGGGGAGAGGACAGGGCGGUGUCACCGGCGCAGGGCGGGCGGCGAGCUGUGUGUCAAAGGUGACAGGGAGCAGUGCAGUGGUGAUAACUUCAUAAUGACCUGGUAUUUGGAUGGAAGUCAUGGGUACAGCGACGAACGCUACAGCCCCGAGCCUGCAUACGACCACGAGUGGCCCUGGCACGAACAGCCCGGAGACACGAUGCUGGCUGCCAGUGCGGCUCGGAGCCGCCGCCGGAGCAGUGUGGCCAUCCCUCCGGCGGCCGGCGGCAGGCGUCAGUCCCUGUUCGUCACCCAGCAGCUGGAGGAGCGUCGCGAGCGGCGGCUGCGCGAGAACCGCGACCAGCUCGACGAGCGCGACGAGCCGGAGGAGGGCGAGGGGGCCGCUGACGCGCCGUCAGAGGGCCGGCCGGCGUCGGCCACCUCUGCCGAGCGCGUCUCACCGCCGGACAGACCGGCGGAGAGGCGCGUCACGCUCAACGUGCCCGAUGGAGACGCGCCAGAGCCGGGGAUGCGCCGGCGACGGGCCGUCGGCAUCGGCGACCACAAGUCCUGCGCGCUCGUCCAGUCCAACAUGAAGACCCUGCGGCUCGGCGACCUCAUGUGAGUACUGAGUACCCGGAUGGACCGGCUCUGUUCGGCCCGAUCUGUGGGCCCUCUGUGUGCUGUGUAUUAUAGAGCGCAAGUGGCGCCGUGGUGCUCAUGCAGACUGGUAGCGCCACUGACCUGCUGUGGCAGAUGAGUGAAACUCAGCUUUGUUAUAAUCUGCACUGGCGGCGCACCGAGGCAGCAAUUCAGGAACGGUGAAUCUCAAUCUUUGACAUCUAAACCGAGGCAUAACUACGCGUCAAUCGUUAGUUUUUUGUCUUUUUUUUACUGCUUCGGACCAAAGCAGUCUGCUUCCUAAAUAAACGAAGGUGUACCGCUUGGCGCAGCAUUGGUAUGCGGGUCUAUACGGGCAUGAUUUAUGCUGAGACUUAUCAAGUCUCAUGAAUUUGUCUUCUAAUACUAGUUGCAGUCAUUCC